GCAACUUUAUCGCUCAGUGCUCUCCAGCCCGUCGCGCGGACUGACCGCGCGCCCUACUCCCGCGACCGACCGCGUGAAUACGAUGCUACAAGAAAUACAACUCGUCCAGGGACAAACGAACUACGUCGUAGUGUCAUCCGGCUACCCGUCAGGCACUAUAUCGAAAAACACGAUGGAAAAAAGGAAUAUUCCAAUUGCGCCCGCUCCUGAAAAAAAUUACGUGACGCACGACACACCACCAAAUUUGCAGUAUAGGAAAAAAGUUCACUUCAGGACGAACCCGUACACCGGGCCGCAGGCCGCGUCGAUAGCUCGCCGCAACGCUCGCGAGCGCAAUCGUGUAAAACAAGUGAAUGAUGGAUUUAACGCACUUCGCCGUCACCUGCCCGCUUCCGUGGUGGCUGCGCUGUCCGGCGGCGCGAGGCGCGGCUCGGGGAAGAAACUAAGCAAAGUUGACACUUUAAGAAUGGUUGUCGAAUACAUAAGAUAUCUUCAACAGCUACUGGACGAGAGUGACGCAGCUUUAGGAAUUACCCGUGAUCAAGAAAAUAGAGAAAAUAUUCCGAACAGCAAUACGCAGCCGAUGACUUCGUUGGAGUUGGACGAUGGUUUCUUCUACGGCAGCAGCUCGCCUUGCUCGGAGAAGCCGGACUCACCUGCGCCCUCAGAAUGCUCCUCGGGUGUCUCCUCGGCAUAUUCUGCGGUGGACAGAUACGAAGUGACCACUCAACAGCAACUAGGACCUAUGGAUGAAGACGAAUUACUGGACGUCAUUUCGUGGUGGCAGCAGAAAUAGCAAAUAGAAUCGAUCGUGAGAAAAGGACGAAUCCCUCCGAUAAAUAAUAUGCAUUCCUGAUAGUUUGCAUUUAUGUUAAACAAAAGACUUUUUGGAUCUCUAGUCAAAGACAAGUGCCUUAAUUAAUUAAGCCUUAUCAAUUAGUUAAUAAUAUAACUAUAAGAUAAUGUUGUACCUAAUGGUAUGAUUAAGCUCGUUUCCUAAUGAAAGCGGGGCUUUGUAAUGAAUGCUCACCAAUAGCGAUGAAAUUGUAAAUACC